UCGACAUCACGUACACUGUCCAGAUCCGGCGGCGCACGCUCUAUUACCUGCACAACCUGGUCCUGCCCGGCAUCCUCAUAUCCACCAUGGUGCUGCUGGCCUUUACCCUGCCGCCGGACUCCGGGGAGAAGCUGACUCUAGGCGUCACAGUGCUACUAUCUCUGACAGUAUUUCUGAACCAAGUCGCUGCAAAUAUGCCAGAGACCUCUGAGGCUGUGCCCCUACUAGGUGUUACCAUUUUACUAUCGCUCACUGUCUUUCUAAAUAUGGUGGCCGAGAGUAUGCCCACUACAUCCGACGCUGUCCCACUUAUAGGGACGUACUUUAACUGCAUAAUGUUCAUGGUGGCGUCAUCGGUGGUGAGCACUGUUCUCAUCCUGAAUUACCAUCAUCGGUCUGGCGAGACCCACGAAAUGGCACCCUGGGUGCGGAGCGUGUUCCUGCAGUGGAUGCCGUGGCUGCUGCGCAUGUCACGGCCGGGCGAAAAGAUCACGCGCAAGAACAUCAUCAUGAACAACAAGAUGAAGGAGCUGGAGCUGAAAGAGCGCUCCUCUAAGUCGCUCCUGGCCAACGUGUUGGACAUGGAUGACGACUUUCGGGGCCUGGCGCCGGCGCCGCUCUCGCUGGCCGCCAACAGCGCCGCCUACACGCGGCUGCCGCCCGGCCAGUCGGUCGACGACCUGGCAGCGCCCGGCUGCAUGGCAGGCUGUGCACGUGAGCUGCACCUGAUCCUGCGCGAGCUGCGCACCGUCACCGACCGGCUGCGCCAGGAGGACGACGAGGCGGUCGUCACCAGCGACUGGAAGUUCGCCGCCAUGGUGGUAGACCGCCUGUGCUUGAUCGUGUUCACGCUGUUCACUGUGGUGGCGACGGUGGCCGUGCUGCUGUCGGCGCCGCACAUCAUCGUGCCGUGACGUCAGCGCGCGCUGCGACACGUCAGCGUGACGUCAGCGUGACGUCAGCGUGACGACAGCGUGACGCUGUUAGGCGACAGCGGACGCGCGCCUCGCCGACAGUGCUGUCUGCUCAAGGCCGGCGGCGCGCCGGCCGUCAUCGCCACCUGACAAUACUGACGGCAAUACUCGAUCCCGUCUUGUUACCCUGUAGCUCCAGCCAUCCCGUCUCCAUCUCUGCCCUUCUUCCCGGCCAGGCCAGUCGAGUCGGUAUUUUUAGCAUUACGGGUAGUCGGGUGCGAGUGAUCCCCGGCCUCACCACGUCGGAGCCAAAUUACAGUGGGGUGUAAGGCAGUAGAGUCUCGUGCGCUCGAGCAGUUCGAGGAGCGGGCGCGCUAGCCCGUGCAAGCCUGCUCCCCAUGUCUAGACCAGCGUGUUUCUGUGAUUCUUCAUCGGUAUUCACCAGCUGAGACGCUGUGUCGGAGCCGCGCCGCCCUUUGCUGGAAUCCUUGCCUUCUGUGAUGCUUUGUUUCCAUUCAUAUCGAUUCAGACAAUGACAUAGGCUGGAGCGCGUUUUACGACGCGACGCAGGCGCGCGAUAGCACAUGUUUAUCGCGGUCUG